UUUUUUAAAAAAAAAAACUUUUAUCUUCCCUCUUGGUUGAUUUUGAAUUGGAGUUAAUGUGAGUUUUGGUGUAAAUAGAGGGUUGGAUUUCAUGUGGAUUGCCGGUUUUUUUCCUUCUUCUGUUUGAGAAUUGACCUUUAUAAAUGAAAGGUGAGAUUUUGAUUUAUCGGAUGUGAUUUUCUUGGUUAUUUACUGCCCUGUUGGAUGAUUGUGCAUUGAAUUUUGUUGUUGAUGGGAAUUGAGCGAUUAAUUUGCGGUCUUGGUGAUCUAGGUUUUCUCCAUUGAUUGAUUUGCAGUGGUAAAAAGGCUGAUUUUGAUUUGAGAAGCAUGUGAUUGGGCCCCAAAGGCGAUGGUUGGUUCAAUUUAAUUUCAAUGUUUACGGAAAUUGAGCCAUUAGUGUGCGGUUUUGGUGAUCUAGGGUUUUCUCUCAGUUGUUGAUUAGAAGGCCUGAAAUGAAGAGUGGUAGUUGUGGAUAGUGUUUGCUGUUUAUUUUUAUUAAUUCUUCGUGCACUUGAUCAAAGACUGAAUAUGUUGAGAGCCAUCCAAUUGAAACCCUCCCCUUUGUUCCCUCCAGGCCCAUCUGUUCCUUUCAAGGACCUUCUGAACUCCUGUCCUUCCAUCUCCUCCCUCCAAUGCAUCCAUGCCCAAUUCCUAAUCCAUGGCCUCUGCAACCAUCUUGCAUUGACUACCAAGCUCAUCUCUUUAGCCUCCAUGCUUUCCCAGUCAAUGUGCUAUGCCCGCAAGCUAUUUGAUGCUUUGCCUCACCCAGACUCUUUUUCUUGGAACUCCCUUAUCCGUGGAUAUGCUGACCUUGGCCCAUGCACCGAAGUUCCACUGCUAUAUAAAGAAAUGCACCACCGAGGCCUCUCACCAGAUCACUUUACAUUUCCAUUUGUAGUUCGCUCUUGUGCUGUCCUUACUGCACUGCAGGAAGGGAAACAGGUUCAUUGCAAUGUGAUAAAGCAUGGGUUUCGUUCGAAUGUUUAUGUUCAAAGUUCUUUGAUUACAAUGUAUGCUUGCAGUGGUGAGAUUCACGACUCAGAGACUAUUUUUGAUGGGUUGGAAAUGAGAAACAUUGUUUCUUGGACUGCUAUGGUUGCCUGUUAUGCACAAAAUGGGGCUUACGAGAAGGCCUUAGCUGUUUUUCGGUGGAUGGUGGCUUCCAGAGUGCAGCCUAAUGAGGUCACUCUUGUGAGUGUCCUUCCAGCUUGUGAGGGAAUUGAAUAUCUUCCUUCUGGGAAAUCAAUUCAUGCGAUGGUGAUUAAAUCAGGAUUGAGGUUGUAUCUUCCCUUGGUGAAUGCUUUGAUUGCUAUGUAUGGCAAAUGUGGGAAUACCGACAGUGCUAGACAACUCUUUGAGGGGAUGGAGUUUCGAAGCCUGGUUUCAUGGAACACCAUGAUCGCAAUGUUUGAGCAGAGUGGUUAUGGAGGCAAAGCAAUCAAACUCUUCCGAAGGAUGCUCACCGAGAAGGUGAGAUUUGAUAGUGUUACAUUGGUCAGCGUGAUAUCAGCCUGCACCAGGUUAGGAGCUCUUGACACUGGGAAAUGGAUGCAUGAACUUGCUAGAAGCAAGGGAUUAGAAAGUGAUGUAAGAAUUGGUAAUGCUUUGUUGGACAUGUAUGCAAAGUGUGGGAGUUUAGAAUGUGCCAGAAAUGUUUUCACAAGAAUAACCUCAAGAGACGUAGUCUCUUGGAGUGCCAUUAUAGGGGCUUAUGCGACUCAUGGACAAGCAGAAGAUGUGCUGGAGCUUUUCUCCCAGAUGAAAGCUGAGGGGGUUAGGCCAAAUAGUUUCACUUUUACUUCGGUUUUAGCAGCUUGCAGCCAUUCAGGUCUGGUAGAAGAAGGAGUUAUGCAUUUUGACAGCGUGAGAAGAGAUUAUGGCAUUACUCCUACGAUCGAACACUGUGCAUGUCUGGUGGACCUUCUUGGCCGUGCUGGUCAAUUAAAUGAGGCACUUGAAUUUAUAAGAAGGAUGCCGGUGAAACCAGAUUCAGGAAUAUGGGGAGCAUUACUUGGUGCUUGCAGGAUCCACGUGAAUGUUGAGCUUGCUGAGCUUGUAGCACAAGAGCUUUUCCAGUUGGACCCACAUAAUGUAACAUUCUAUGUGCUCAUGUCAAACAUAUACGCAGAAGCUGGUAGGUGGGAAGAUGCUGCGAGGUUGAGGAAAAUGAUGAUGAAGCAGGAUUUGAAAAAGAUCCCUGGGUAUAGUUUGGUGGACAUAAUUAAGAAGUACCACUAGCCGGUGUUCUCUAGGUGACAAAUUUGUGUCAUUUAUCCAUUGUGGUAAUUGAUGCUGAUUAGGAGGCAGAGAGAAAGCCGCUUCUAAGUUUGUUAUUGUGUUAUACCUUCAAGAGUUUAUAUGGCUCAUUGCCACAAGACAUGCCGUAAUUUCCCCUGUUGUUCGAUGGUUUUAGAAGUGGAGUUCAAUUGAAUUUGGUUAUUAGUGAAAAUUGAAUAAUCAUGUGCAGUUUUGUUGAUCUAGGAGUUUUAUUAGAUUGACUUGAUGUGGCAAAAAAAAGCUGAGAUUUUGAUAUGAAAACAUUUACAUGUUUUAAAACAGUAUUUUGCUUUAUGUUUUCAUUUUGGUCUUUUAGAGAUGUUGCCAUUAAGCAUUUUUUUCUGUAUUUUAAUACAAUUGAGAUUUUGACUAAACAUUAUUUUUUUUUCAUAACCUUCUUCAAAUAUAUAUUUUGUAUUUAU